AAAAACCAUUACAUUUUUGGUUACCGAAAUGUUACUGUAUCUUAAUUAGUCAAUAGCCAAAUCCAAAGUUGAGCGAUUCUUGGGCGGUAUGGUGUCCGCACCAUUUAGACCACGUUCUGCCAUCGGGAAAUCAGAGGCAGUCAAGGUGGUGGUCCGUUGUCGUCCAUUAUCGGCUUCUGAGAUACGUGAUGGCCACCAAAGUAUUGUGGAUAUUCAAACAAACCGUGGUGUAAUUGAAUUACACAAUCCAAAAGAACCAAACGAACCUUCGAAAGUAUUCACAUUUGAUUCAGUUUAUGAUCCACAUUCGAAACAACUCGAUCUUUACGAUGAAACAUUUCGCCAUGUUGUCGAUUCAGUGCUUGAAGGAUUCAAUGGGACGAUUUUUGCAUAUGGUCAGACAGGGACCGGAAAAACGUUCACAAUGGAAGGUGCUCACGAAGAUCCUGAAUUGCGUGGCGUCAUACCGAACGCAUAUCAUCAUAUUUUCCAGCACAUUGCGCAAUCACGGAAUCAACAGUAUCUCGUGCGAGCAAGCUAUUUAGAAAUUUACCAGGAAGAAAUUCGUGAUUUGUUGAGUAGAGAUCCGAAAAUACGUUUAGAAUUAAGAGAGCGUCCGGAUGUUGGUGUUUAUGUAAAAGAUCUUUCAUCGUUCGUAACAAAAUCUGUGGAAGAAAUUGAGCACGUUAUGUCAGUCGGCCAUGCAAAUCGUACAGUUGGGAGAACAAAUAUGAACGAAUAUAGUAGCCGUUCACAUGCAGUUUUCAUGGUGACUGUUGAAUGCAGUGAACCCGGUUUGGAUGGUCAGAAUCACAUAAGAGUCGGGCGCUUAAAUCUGGUAGACUUGGCAGGUAGUGAGCGUCAGUCAAAAACGGGAUCGCAUGGUAAGCAUUUCAAAGAAGCAACAAAAAUCAACUUGUCUCUUUCUGCUCUUGGCAAUGUUGUAUCAGCAUUGGUUGGUGGAAAAAGUACUCAUGUGCCGUACAGAGAUUCGAAACUGACACGUCUGUUGCAAGAUUCACUGGGCGGUAAUUCGCGAACCGUGAUGGUUGCUAAUAUUGGACCUGCGUCCUAUAAUUACGAGGAAACCUUGUCUACAUUGAGAUAUGCAAAUCGCGCAAAAAAAAUCAACAAUCAGCCGAGGAUUAACGAGGAUCCCAAAGAUGCACUUCUUCGAGAAUUUCAGGAUGAGAUUGCAAGGCUUCGAGAAAUUUUGGAAAAACGUGCUAUUAAAAAGGAAAAGAAGGUGUAUCUGGACGAAAAAAGCGAAAAUGAUGACGAAGCUGCUCCAAGUGAAGAAUAUCUUGAUGAACAACGGAAGCGUUUGGAAGAUGAAAGACAAACCAUUAUCUCUAAUUCAAACAUUAUUGCGGAGGAAAAGCGAAAGAUACUUGCCGAUUUGGAAGAAAGGGUUAGACAGCUGGAAAGGGAACGCGGGGCGCAAAUUGCUGUAGCUGCGAAGAUCCGAGCAAUGCAGAGCAAACUUCUUUCUGGUGAUGGCAGUUUAUUAGAUAAAACUCGUGAACAGCAAAAAUUGCUAGAAUACCGAAGAAGACAAUUGGCUGAACAAAAGAGGAAGGAACGCGAAAUUUUGCAGCAGUUGGAAGCCCAGGAAGAUAAUACGGCAGAAAUACAUGAAACUUUCAGUAAUUUGAGGCAAGAAGUUGAAAUAAAAACAAGGAAACUGAAGAAGUUAUAUUCCAAGCUCCAGCAGGUUCGUUCGGAAAUCAAUGACGCCUCGGCAAGUCAUUCACAGGAGAGGCGAGAUUUAGAAAACUCGGUUACCGAAAUCAAUAAAGAGCUAAAACUCAAACUGUUGAUUGUGGAAAAUUUUGUGCCACAAGACGUUUGUGAUCGUUUACGUGAACGAGCAUACUGGGAUGAGGAUGAAGAUACUUGGAAACUUUUGAAAGUUGGACAAAAUCGGCCCAGAAGCACUUCAUCCGAAGAAAUAUGUCGCUCAGGUGGCACUGAUUCCGGAUUAGGCGUCAGUGAUACCUCGACUAACGUUGAUUCUCUUGCCCAAGAUCUUCUUAACAACCGACCGGUGUCGAUACCUGGCAUGAGGCGACCUAUAUGUGACUACGAGCGAAUGUGUUUAACAAGGUUGCGACAACAGUUAAACACGCAAUCAAAAUCUAAUCGGUUAAAAUGUGCUAGUUGUCCAGACGAAACUGGCACCAUGAUGUUGGAAGGGGUUUUGCGAUUUUGUGGUGAAAAUGUAUUGACAUUCACUUCAUUGGAAAAGUUGGAAAGGCGAACAAAGCUAUAUGGAACUUCAGAAGUCGAAGCUGAUUUAAAGAAAUCUCAGGACAUCGUCAAUUUUGCGCACUAUGACGAUGAACAGGAACAGAAUUUUGUUGUUGAUAUUUCAAGAAUUCCAGUGCUGCAAGAUUCAAACCAUACCGGUCGGUUUCCCAUUUCGAAUUGGUCGAUGCUCAGAAAUUCUUCACUAUCAAGACUAUCAUCAGCACAUUCAAAAAACGUACGGGCUCGCAGUGCGCUUGGAAGAGUGAUAACAGCUUCGAACGGCAACACACUCAUUUAUCCGAAAACUGGAGGUUUGGUAAAGAAAAGAGACAACCAGCCGUAGCUUCAGAAACCUUAUUCAAGCAUGUAUUGCAAC